GUAAGAGGAGGACAGAUGAUGAGGCUCUUUUUAGGAAGUGUGGAUAAAAUAUUCAAAGGAUUGUGUCUGUUUUUCAUUAGAUGUAACAAUGAUACGGUGAUAACGGAAAAAAACAUACAUGUGGAACUACACUUCUCAGUGUUAGACGCCUCAGAAGGAUUGUUUUCUGGAAUUACUGAUUUACUGUCGAAGGUAUUUGUGCCGGCUAUCAAUGCUACAGACAACUGGGGACCACUAAACCUGUUCAGUCACGGAGACAGCGAGAAACAACGGUUUAAAGAGACUAUUGAUCAUUGCCUGUCUUAUUUCUUAGGAGUGAAAACAACCAUUGAUGGAAUAGUCAAGCUAAAUUACAUUGAAUCCAUCAACUUCACUACAAUGCAGUCCUUUGAAGGUAUAAGGGCAGCAGCAUCAGAUAAAGCAGUGGUUGCCAAAUGUGAAGAAGCACUAAUGGUGUGGUGCAAUCAGAUUCAGCAGGCUUUGUUUGAGAGUGAACUGGUAAGAAAAGAAGCAGGUGAUUGCGGUCCUAUAACUGAGCUGAAACACUGGAUAAGAAUGUAUGUGAAGUUCAGUUUUAUUAUUGAACAAGUCAAAGGAGAGAAUUUUAAAGCUGUUGUUGUUGUGUUGAACAUGGCUAAAUCCAAAAUUAUAGAGGUGUGGAAAGAGCUAGAUGGCCAAAUUACACAUGCAGCUAAUGAGUCCAAAGACAAUGUCAAACUUUUACAUGCCCUUGAGCAAGUCUGCAAGCCACUUUACACACUUGACUUGGCUACCGUGGUGCGUGGCAUUCAGAAACUGCUAAAUGUGAUUCAGGCAAUCUAUCGUAUUUCUGGAUACUACCAAACAUCAGAACAUAUUACAUCGCUUUUCGUGAAGGUUGCAAAUCAAAUAGUUACUGCCUGUAAAGCAUACAUUACUGAAACGGGAAGACGUAUCAUUUGGGAUCAGGAUGUAGAAUCUGUGAUAGUAAAAAUUCAGGAGUGCACCUUUCUUAUUCAGGAAUACCAGGAGAGUUUUCAUAGAAAGCAAGCAUACAGUGAAAUGCAUAAUGAAAAAUCUUUUGAUGUGUCAGAGAGCUACAUAUUUGGAAAAUUAGAAGCUUUUUGUGAGCGGACGGAUAAGAUUGGAAAAAUUAUAUCAAUUGUGCAAUCCUACUCAGCUCUAAGCAAAUGUACAACUGAAGGAAUUGAUCGCUUCUACAUAAAGUUUCAAAAUACUUAUCAGAACAUUAGAAAAAGGACUUUUAAUAUUCUGGACAUGAAGAAAACAGAAUUUGAUGACAAUUUUACUGAAUUUAUGGAGCAAAUAAAUAAUUUAGAGGAGCAGAUGCAGGGCUUUAUGAGGAACUGCAUUGGAAGAGUCACAUCUCCACAAGAAGCCAUUCAGGUCCUUCACAGGUUUGGAAAGUUAAACAUCCCGUGCUUGAAUUCUGAAAUUCCGAAUACCACUAAAUGUAUUCUUCAGCGUUACAUGGAGAUGCUUCAGUCCACUAAAAUGCUAUAUGAACAUUACAAGGAGGAUCCUCCGGCUGUCAAGAACAUGCCUCCUGUAUCAGGCAGGAUCCUGUGGUCCAGACAGCUGCUCAGCAGGAUAACUGAGCCGAUCACAUAUCUGAAGACCAGUUCUGACAUAUUAUCAAGCCCGGAUGGUAAAGCUGCUGUGCAGCUGUAUAAUAGGAUGGUAUAUGUAUUGGUGGAUUUUCAAGUUUUACAUUACGACUUUUGGCUUAAUGACUUCUCCACUGAGCUGCAGGACGCACUGCAGGCAAAGUUAUUGGUUCACCAUUCUGAAACCAAGCAGAUGUUUGUUAACUUUGAUCCUAAAUUUCUAGAGAUUUUUCAAGAAACAAAGUGCAUGAUGAAGUUGGGUUUGGAUAUUCCAGAAGAAGCUGAAGCAUUUCUGAAAGCAGAGGCUGAUCUUAACUCAAAUUAUCUCCAGCUGGAAAAAUUACUCAAGACGUAUAAGACUCUUUGUAGUCAGAUCCACCCUGCCUUUACAGAUCUGAUGUCUGGGAAAAUUAGAAAGGUGGAGUCCACUUUACAUAAGGGCCUCACAGAUUUAACAUGGUCGUCUGUUGCACUUCCACGCUUUUUUGAAGAUGUAGAUGCAGAUCUUCAAAUAGUCAGUCAGCUUCUAAACAAGCUGUUGCACGUCAUGCCUCAACAGGCCCAGGUCGACACGCACCUCCUCAAUUUUGCAGCUUCCUCGGAUCAUUCCCCGGAUAAGUCUGAGACGGGCGAGAUUUCCUCUUCAGCCAUUUCCGCCGCUCCUGGGGACUCCCCUGCUUCUGAUUCUGAAUCAGAGCGGUGCUCGGCGAUGUCUGCGGCCAUACAGGAUCUCAUUAAAGCUGUCCGGGACGCACUCCAUGUGCAGGAUGACCCUUCUUCCUCCUUCCAGGAGUCGGUUUCCUUCCGCCGUUCCAGACGUUCCGCUGUGGUUUUCCCUAAUCACGCGGAUCUUGACGCACUUCUGGCUAAGGAGUGGCGUUGCCCUGAUCGGCGCCUUCACCUUACCAAGGCCUCGGAUGUCACUUAUCCCUUUUCUGAGGAAUCCGUCAACCUCUGGACUUUACCUCCUCAGGUAGAUCCUCAGGUGGCCACUACCCUUCCCCUGGCUGACGCGGCUUCCUUGUUGGAUCCCGCUGACAAGCGGGUUGACUCCUUGGCCAAGUCCGUUUUUGUAGCAGCGGGUGCCGCCAUCCGCCCUGCCUUCGCCGCUUCCUGGGUGGCCAAGCAGCUCAUCCGAGCCUUACCCCCAGACUCGGUCCAGGGGGAACUGGCAGUGCUUGCCUCUCAGAUCUACCAGGCGUCCAAGUUUCUUUGUGAUGCCUCUAUGGAGUCGGCUCGCCGCUCCCGCCAUGCGGCCGCUAACUCUGUGGCCAUACGCCGCACCAUCUGGCUUCGUUCUUGGGCGGCGGAUUCCGCCUCCAAAAAGGCUCUAAUCUCCCUUCCCUUCCUAGGUGGGAAGCUUUUUGGGAACCGUCUGGAGGAGCUAAUCUCUGAGGCCACUGGCGAACGCUUUCAGGGGUUCUACUCGAUCCUGUUUACGGUUCCCAAGAAGAACGUCUCGCUCCGCCCAAUACUGGACCUGAAGGCGCUCAAUCUCUUCGCCCGUGUCCGUCAUUUUCGCAUGGAGUCCUUCCGGUCGGUGAUAGCCUCCUUGGAGGCGGACGAGUUUCUGUCGUCCAUAGACAUUCAGGACGCUUAUCUCCACGUCCCCAUUGCCCUCUCCCAUCAAAGGUUCCUUCGCUUCGCGGUGGGUUCUCUUCAUUUUCAGUUCGUCGCCCUACCCUUCGGUCUGGCCUCUGCCCCGAGGGUUUUCACAAAGGUGCUAGCGCCUCUCGUGGAACUUCUCCGUGCCAGGGGGGUCGCAUUGGUUCCUUACCUGGACGACCUUCUGAUCCGGUCUCCGUCCUUGGAGGACAACCUGUGCAGCCUACGCAUCACCCUCUCCGCUCUUGCCCAAUUCAGGUGGCUCAUCAACCACUCCAAGUCCUCUCUCAUUCCAUGCCGGAGGAUGCCUUUUCUGGGCAUGAUUUUUCCUUCCCCCAGAGAAGAUUGCCUCUCUUCAGGCGGGGGUGGCUCGUCUCCGCGACCCGUCUCCCUUGACCAUCAGGAUGUGUGGGACAAGUCCCCGGCAGGCCUCGAACGCCGGACCCGCCUCCCUCCCGAGCCUUGCCAAGAUCUCUCCUCGUGGCUGAAUCCUCGGACGGUGUCCCUGGGCCGGUCUUUCCUUCCCCCGUGUUGGCGGGUGAUCACCACAGAUGCCAGCCUCUCGGGUUGGGGUGCGGUCUUCGGGUCCCUCACUGUCUACGGUCUUUGGUCUGUUCAAGAGUCUUCCCUGCAGAUCAGCGUCCUCGAACUCAGGGCGAUUUUCCUGCCACUGUCUCACUGGACUCCCCGUCUCCGCGGUCUCCCGAUCCGGAUUCAGACGGACAAUUCCACCGCGGUGGCCUAUCUGAACCACCAAGGGGGCACCAGGAGUGUGAUGGCCCUACGGGAAGCCUCCCGUAUCCUGCGGUGGGCGGAGACGCACGUUCCAGUCCUCUCUGCCAUGCACAUUCCUGGGGUCGACAAUUGGGCGGCAGACUUCCUCAGUCGCCAGCUGGUCGACCCGGGCGAAUGGUCUCUCCAUCCAGAAGUGUUCCUCCAACUUUGUCACCGUUGGGGAACUCUGGACGUGGAUCUCUUUGCGUCGCGCCUCAACCGCAGGCUCCCGUGCUACGUUUCGCGGUCCAGGGACCCUCAGGCUCUCGCGGUCGACGCCCUAUUUCUGCCUUGGUCUCAGUUCGACCUUCUGUAUCUUUUUCCCCCCAUUCCUCUCCUUCCCCGAGUGCUCAAGCGCCUCAAGGCAGCCCGAUCCUGGUGGCUCCGGAUUGGCCCCGCAGGGCGUGGGCCCUCUGUUCCACCCAAAUUUACCUCCGCUUCGUUUGACGGCGUGGCUGUUGAGACCGCGGUCCUGAAGUCCCGUGGUCUCUCGGACUCUGUCAUCCAGACGAUGCUUCACGCUCGCAAGCCCCAGUUGGCCCGCAUUUACUAUCGGACCUGGAGAGCGUAUUUUGCCUGGUGCGAAUCUGGCCGCUUUCGCCCUCUCCGUUUCUCUGUCCCUAACAUUCUGGUGUUCCUUCAGGACGGAUUUGAUAAGGGUCUUCGCCUGGCUUCUCUCAGGGGGCAGAUCUCGGCCCUCUCGGUCCUCUUCCAGCGUCCUGUGGCCUCGCGGGCCCAGGUUAGGACUUUUCUCCAGGGUGUUGCUCGCCGAGCGCCUCCCUUUCGCUUUCCGGUGGAGACGUGGGACCUGAAUCUCGUCCUGGACGCCCUUCAGUCAUCGCCCUUCGAGCCCUUGGCAGAGAUCUCUCUGUCGUUUGUCUCGUUUAAGGUGGCCUUCCUCGUUGCUGUCACCUCCAUCCGCCGGGUUUCCGAACUUGCGGCGCUUUCUUGCGUUCACCUUUCUGGUGUUUCAUCAGGACAAGUUCCGGCUUUUGCCUGGUUUGGUCGUCUGGUUUCCCCCGUUGAAGACUUGUUGGCUUUUCAGUUUUUGUGUCAGGUGAAUUGCAUCCAUAGGAUUCGUAUCGAUACAGUCUUGAAUGAUAUAGCAGAAACCUUAUUGAUGAUCCUGCCUGAUGAUGGACCAACCACAGUCGAAAAUCUGCUUGCUAGUAAUGAGAUUUACACAAAAGAAAUGGCAAAAUAUUUGAACCACAGAAGUGAACAGAUUGAGCAAACUGUGCAAGAACUCAUUUGCAUUUUUGAAUCUGUGUACGAACCAAAACCUGCAACGAAUACUAAACCAUUGAGAAAAAAAAAAGAAGCCAGACGAGUUGCAUUUACUGAUGUAGAUGAAUAUGAAGCGGUCGUGGAAGAACAGGCAAAGGAUGAAGAAUUUAGUAAGCAAUGCUAUGAGCUGUACUCUUAUUUUACCGGACAGCUAGUGGACAGUCUGCAGAAAUGCACUCGCCUUUCGCUGGAUUUUUUUAAAAGAAAACUAUUUAUUUCUAGUGCUUUUGAAUGCAGAGAUUCGUUCACUCCGCCUGUAAGAUGUGAUGAUCCCGCAGCUCUCCUGGUAGCACAAGUCCACCUUGUGAUGGAUAACGUCGUAAUGCUUCCAAGUCUGGAUAACAUACAGCAGGCCAUAAAUAAUGUAAUUCAGUUUGUACUGGAAGUUAGCCGCAGUGUCUAUCAGUGGGAACAGUGGAAGCUGCCGGAAGGUGCUUCUGUACAAGAUGUCACAGUUUCACGGUUGCAAAAUAUUGUUUCUGGGCGGAAAGAAAAAGUGAAACAGGACAAUCCAACGACGAACUUCUAUUCUUGUGUUUCUGAGAGUAUGACCAUUUAUAACCUGGUUCUACUACUGUCUACCUCUGUGAAUUCACUCAGGGAAAGUGCUAGGGAUGCACUUGGAGGCUUUGAAAAGUACAGAACUCUUUGGAUGGAAAAUAGAGAAUCUAAAGUGAAGGAAUAUGUAAGUGAAAAACAAUCUCUUGGUGAAAUCAAAGAAAGAAUUUCAUAUUAUGAUUUGUUAGAACAAGAUGUGAAUGAAAUCAACCCAGCCUUACAUGUAGGAUUCAUUGAACUUAACACAGCUCCCAUAAAAGUGUCCAUAUCUACUGAAGCAAAAGCCUGGAAACUGCUGUUAUGUAGAUACUUGCACCAGGAAUACAAGCUGAAGAUGGCCGACAUUUCAGAAUUUAUAGCCGAAUACUUGAAAAUAUUAUCUCGUCCGAUUCUUGAUUUAGAUGACGUGCAGUUUGUCAUGAAGACGCUGACAAUUAUCAGAGAAAAUGAAAUCCGGAUAGACAGAAGUGUGGGGCCAGUAGAAGAAGCGUACGCAACCUUAAGUAGAUUUCAGGUCAACGUAACAAGUGAAGAAACAGACGUUGUCGAUACUUUGAGAUAUUAUUUUAAGAAGCUUCUUUACAAAGUUGAGUCUGUUCAAGAUGAACUGAUUCGUUUACAACCAGAACUUAAAAGCAAGCUCACAGAGUCUGUAGGAAUUCUUCAGAAGGAUAUGGUGGCAUUUGAUGCUGAAUAUGAGAAGGAAGGACCAUUGGUUCCAGGUAUAACAUCUCAAGAAGCCAGUGCAAGGUUACAUAUAUUUCAGAUUCGUUUUGAUGAACUUUGGAGAAAAUGUAUCUCUUAUUCUUCUGGAGAACAGCUCUUUGGCUUACCUGUGUCUGACUAUGACAUUCUACAUAAGAUGAGGAAGGAGCUCGGGCUGUUACAGAAUCUGUAUGGAUUAUACGAUGCCGUGACUAGCAGCAUAAGCAGAUACUAUGAGACGCUGUGGACAGAUAUAAACGUUGAGUGGAUUAGUGCAGAGCUGCAGGAUUUUCAGGAAAAAUGUAAUAAACUUCCAAAGGACUUGAAACACUGGCAAGCUUUCCUGGAUCUCAAGAAAAGAAUAGAUGACUUCAGUGAAUUUUGUCUUUUGUUAGACAUGAUGAGAAAUAAAACUCUGAAGAAGCGGCACUGGGGCCGUAUUGCAGAUCUUAUAGGAUGCAAGCUUGAUGUUCAGUAUGAUUCAUUUUGCUGGAGUAACAUCAUGGAAGCCUCAGUUCUACAACAUAAAGAUGAGAUUGAAGAUAUCUGUACAUCAGCAGUGAAGGAGAAGGACAUCGAAAGUAAAUUAGGACAGGUGACAAGCAUCUGGAACAACCAGUUUUUAAGGUUUUCACCAUUUAAAGGCAGAGGAGAACUAUUAAUAAAAGGAGCAGAAGCUGCAGAGAUCAUCGUUACAAUAGAGGACAAUCUGAUGGUCCUUGGGACAUUGCUUAAUAACAGAUAUAAUGAACCUUUUAAACAGACCAUUCAGAGCUGGAUCCACAAGCUGAGCAUAUCCUCCGACAUCCUAGAGGAGUGGUUGCUGGUUCAGACUCUCUGGAUUUACCUGGAUGCUGUUUUUGUUUCUGAAGAUAUAGCAAGUCAGUUACCUCAGGAGGCCAAACGGUUCAAGAACAUAGACAAGACCUGGGUGAAGCUAAUGCAGCGAGCUCGUGACAAAGGCAACGUAAUUCAGUGCUGCGCUGGGGAUGAAACCUUGAUCCAGCUUCUUCCUCAUCUACAUGAACAGCUGCAGAUCUGUCAGAAGUCACUCACAGGGUAUUUGGAGAGAAAAAGACUAGUUUUUCCACGAUUUUUUUUCAUAUCUGACCCUGUCCUUUUGGAGAUACUUGGACAAGCAAAUGAUUCUCACACCAUCCAGCCUCAUCUAGCUGCGCUUUCUGACAAUAUUAACGAGGUAGAAUUCUGUGCUACAGACUACGACCAGAUUUUAACUGUAGUGUCAAGAGAAGGAGAAGUUAUUAAGUUGGACCGUCCAGUUAAGGCCCUGGGUCCGGUAGAGGUGUGGUUGGGAGAGCUGCUUUGCAUGCAGCAGAGUUCAUUACAUGAAGUGAUAAGAUCAGCGUACCAGCAGAUCACUGAUGAUGGAUUUCAGCUUCUCAGCUUUCUUAGCAACUUUCCAGCACAGGUCACCCUGUUGGGCCUUCAGAUAUUAUGGACACAUGACUCUGAAGAAGCUUUGUGCACCAUAAAGGAAGAUCGAAAAGUCAUGCAAAGAACCAACCAGAAGUUCCUGGAAAUCUUAAAUGCAUUAAUGAGCCAGACAGUGCGAAUCCUUAAAAAAUAUGAAAGGAUCAAGUUUGAAUCUCUAAUCACGAUUCAUAUGCACCAGAGAGAUGUGUUUGAUGGCCUGGUAAAAAUGCGCAUCCGAUCAGCAAAGGACUUUGAGUGGGUGAAGCAGAGCCGGGUCUAUUUCAAGGACAGUCUGGACAAAGUGCUUGUGUCCAUCAUGGAUGUGAAUUUUGAGUAUCAGAAUGAAUUUCUGGGCUGUGCUGAGCGGCUUGUACCCACACAACUAACCAAUCGGUGUUACAUUGCACUCGCUCAGGCUAUAGGAAUGACCAUGGGAGGAGCUGCCGCUGGUCCUGCUGCCACUGGAAAGACGGAAACCGUAAAGGACAUGGGAAAAGCUUUGGGGAAAUACGUGGUAAUCUUUAACUGUUCCCCCCAGAUGGACUGCAGGGCGCUUGGACGAAUAGUUAAAGGUCUUGCUCGGUCAGGGUCCUGGGGCUGCUUUGAUGAAUUCAGCCGUAUAGAGCUCCCGGUGCUGUCAGUGGCUUCACAGCAAAUUUAUAUCAUGCUGUCUGCCCAAAAAAUAAGGAGAAAACAGUUUACGUUUAGUGAUGGGGAAAUAGCUGACCUAAAUCCAGAAUUUGGAAUAUUUCUUACAAUGAAUCCCAAACAUGCCGACUUCCAGGAUCUCCCGGAGAACUUGAAGAUACAGUUUAGAAUGGUUUCUAUGAUGGUACCUGACAAACAGAUGAUAAUGAGAGUAAAGCUGGCCAGCGCUGGCUUCCUAUCCAACGCGUCCUUGUCUCGGAAGUUUUAUGUCCUGUAUAAACUCUGUGAAGAGCAGCUAUCAGAGCAGGGUCAUUAUGACUUUGGCUUGAGAAACAUCCUAUCGGUUUUGAGAACGCUGGGGGACGAGAAAAGAGCAAAACCAAAUGAGAGUGAAUCCAAUAUCGUGAUGAGAGGAUUGCAAGAUAUGAACCUUUCCAUGUUGGUUGAUGAAGAUAAGCCCCUCUUCCACAGUCUGAUCAAUGACCUUUUCCCAGGCACUCAGGUUCACAGCAGUUCAUACACAGAUCUUCAAAAUGCUGUUGCAAACCAAGUGAAGAUAUCUGGGCUGGUAAAUCACCCUCCUUGGAACCUUAAAUUAAUCCAGCUGUACGAAACCGCUCAAGUACGUCACGGCCUGAUGACACUUGGUUCUAGUGGUUCUGGAAAAUCCUCACUUAUUAAUGUGCUCAUGAGAGCCAUGACAGAAUGUGGGCUUCCACAUCGGGGGGUGCGCAUGAACCCAAAGGCCAUUACAGCGUCUCAGAUGUUUGGACGCCUGGAUACAGCAACCAAUGACUGGACAGAUGGAAUAUUCUCCGCACUGUGGAGGAAGACACUGAAAACCAAAGCAGGUGAAAAUGUCUGGCUUCUCUUGGAUGGUCCUGUAGAUGCCACAUGGAUAGAGAACCUCAGUUCAGUGCUGGAUGAUAAUAAAACCCUCACGUUGGCCAAUGGUGACCGCGUUCCAAUGGCUCCAGGCUGCAAGCUGCUGUUUGAAGUGGAUAGUAUAGAGAAUGCAUCACCUUCAGCAGUAUCUCGGAUGGGCAUGGUCUUCCUCAGCUCAUCAGUUCUCGAUUGGAGGCCAAUAUUAAAGGCUUGGUUAAAUAAGCGUUCCGCUGAAGAAAGAGAUAUUUUUCAAGCCUUCUAUGAUAAAGUAUUUGAGGAUGCUUAUACAUACAUGCAUCUGAAUCUUCAUCCAAAAAUGCGGCUCCAGGAGUGUAAUUACAUCAUGCAGUCCAUUCUCCUCUUGGAAGGCUGUAUUCCUACAGUAACAGGGUGCAGUGUUCCAGACCCAGGCCAUCUCCACAGAUUAUUUGUAUUCGCUCUGAUGUGGAGUUUAGGGGCUCUCCUUGAGCUGGACAGUCGUGAGCGCCUUGAGGCCUUUCUUAGAAGCCAUGAAUACAAGUUGGACUUACCAGAAGCUGAUCCAGGGGCUUGCCAGACAAUGUUUGAGUUCCUAGUAAAUGAAAAUGGCGACUGGGAGCACUGGAAUAAGAGAGUGUCACAAUAUUCCUAUCCAAGACAUUUCAUUCCAGAAUACGCUUCCAUAAUGGUUCCUGAUAUUGACAACGUCCGGACUCAGUUUCUAAUAGAUACGAUUGCAAAACAGCAAAAAGGUGUUCUACUGACUGGAGAACAGGGCACUGGAAAGACAGUGAUGGUUAACGCUUACCUGAAGAGAUAUAACAUAGAAGAACACGUGUGGAAAUCAUUAAACUUCUCUGCAGCAACUGAACCCCUCAUGUUCCAGAGAGCGAUGGAAAGCUUUGUGGACAAGCGUAUCGGCAGCACACAUGGCCCGUCCGGUGGUAGAAAAAUGACUGUGUUCAUUGACGACAUUAACACGACAGCCUUCAAUGACUGGGGAAACCAGGUAACAAAUGAAAUAGUUCGCCAGAUGAUGGAAAUGAAAGGCAUGUACAGCUUAGACAAGCCUGGAGAUUUUACAGCUAUCGUGGAUGUGCAGUUCAUAGGGGCCAUGAUACAUCCAGGAGGAGGAUGUAACGAUAUCCCGCAGCGUUUAAAGAGACAGUUUACCAUUUUUAACUGUACAUUGCCCUCCAGUGCGUCUAUUGACAAGAUAUUUGGAGUCAUAGGAUGUGGAUACUUUCAUUCCUGUAGGAACUUCAGAGCAGAUGUAUGCAGCCUGGUGAAGAAGCUGGUGCCAGCCAGCAGAGCUCUGUGGAAGAUGACAAAGAUGAAAAUGCUUCCUACCCCCUCCAAAUUUCACUACACCUUCAGUUUACGAGACCUUUCCCGAAUUUGGCAAGGAAUGUUAACUAUCAAAGCUGAAGAGUGCACUAGUGUGUCCACGCUUCUGGCUCUUUUCAGGCAUGAAUGUCAGAGAGUUAUUGCAGACAGGUUUGUAUGUCAUGAAGACCACAGCUGGUUUGAUAAAUCUCUUGCGCAAGUUAUUGCAGAAAAUGUGGAUCCACAGUUGGUGUCAGAAGUACAAAAUGAUUUCUAUUUUGUGGAUUUUCUGAGGGAUGUGCCAGAACGUUCUGGAGAAGAGCCAGAAGACAUUGUACAUGAAGCUCCAAAAUUAUAUGAGAUGGUUGCAAGUUUUGAAUUUCUGUGUGAAAAAUUGAGGCACUUCCAAAAACAACUUAAUGACACAGGGAUAGGAUCUCCCAUUGAGCUGGUAUUGUUCAGAGAUGCAGUAAUACAUCUCAUUAAGAUUUCACGCAUCAUCCGCACUGCCCGUGGAAAUGCUCUGUUAAUAGGAGAUACUGGGUCAGGAAAGCAGAGUCUGUCACGGCUCGCCUCGUUUAUUGCAGGAUAUAAAAUAUUCCAAAUUGUUCGUACAAGAUCUUACGGAGUAUCGAACCUGCUGGAGGACCUAAAGGUUCUCUACAGAAUGGCUGGAGUUGAAGGAAAGGGCGUAACAUUUAUUUUAACUGAUAAUGAUAUCCGAGAAGAAUUCUUCCUGGAAUAUAUGAACAAUAUUCUUUCUUCAGGAGAGGUUUCUAAUCUGUUUUCUCGGGAAGAGCUGGAAGAGAUCGCUCAGCCUUUGCUACCAGUUAUGAAGAGGGAUUUUCCACGUCACCCCCCAACAUUUGAGAAUUUGUAUGAGUAUUUUCUCUCUCGGUGUAGGAGGAACCUGCAUGUCGUGCUCUGCCUUUCACCUGUUGGUAACAAGUUACGGACACGAUCUUUGAAGUUCCCGGCUCUUAUCACUGGCUGCACUAUGGACUGGUUUAGUCACUGGCCGAGGCAAGCUUUAGUAGCCGUCUCCUCUUACUUCCUGUCUGGGCUUGACAUUGCAUGCAGCUCUGAAGGCAAAUCCAAUGUGAUGGAGGCCAUGGCAGUAUUUCAUGACCAGAUGUCAGAGAAUUGUGAGAGUUAUUUUCACAGAUUUCGGAGGAGGGCUCAUGUAACAUCAAAAUCAUAUCUAUCAUUUAUACAUAGCUACAAAAAGAUCUACGCUGAAAAAUGUAAAUCCAUGAAUGAACAGGCCGAGCUCACGAACAAAGGACUCUCCAAGCUCAUGGAAGCCAGCGAAUCUAUGGGAAAUGUAUCCAAGGAGCUUGCAGAGAAGGAGAACGAACUGGCUCUGGCAUCUCUGAUGGCCGACAAGGUGCUGGCAGAAGUGACAUUAACUGCACAGGCAGCAGCUAAAGUGCAGAACGAAAUGCAGCUGGUAAAAGACAAAGCUCAGAGCAUUGCGCAGCAAAUAGAAAGUGAGAAGCGUAUGGCGGAAAGUAAACUGGAGGCUGCAAGACCCGCUCUACUGGAUGCAGACGCUGCAUUAAAUACAAUCAAACCUGUGGAUAUUUCUACAGUUCGGAAGCUUGCAAAGCCGCCACAUCUGGUCAUGAGGAUCAUGGAUGCCUGCCUUCUAUUGUUGCAAAAGAGGCUUGAUCCAGUAGUCAUGGAUCCUGACAAACCCUGCUGUAGGCCUUCCUGGGGAGAGUCAGUAAAGCUCAUGAGCACUUCUGGAUUCCUUCAGUCCCUUCAUCAGUUUCCAAAAGACUGUAUUACUGAGGAGAUAGUGGAGUUAUUGCAGCCCUAUUUUCAGAUGGAAGAUUACACAAUGGAAAAUGCAAGGAAGCUCGGUGGUAAUGUUUCCGGUCUUAUGUCAUGGACACAAGCAAUGGUGACAUUUUAUGAAGUCAACAAGGAGGUACUGCCAUUAAAGGAAAGUCUGAUGAAGCGACAUCACCAUUUAGAAGUUGCUAAUUGUGAAAUGACAAAUGUGCAGCAGCAGCUGGAUGAAAAACGAGCCGAGCUGGAUGUGGCUCAGUCCAAAUUUGAUGGAGCAAUGUUACAAAAAAUGAAUCUUCUCAGUGAGGCAGAACUUUGCAGAAAGAAAGUGGAAACUGCAUCAGAUCUUCUCGAUGGACUCAGCGGAGAGAGGAUCAGAUGGACCGAACAAAGCAGAGCAUUGAAAUCUCAGAGUAACAGGCUCGCUGGUGAUGUCCUCAUAGUGUCCGCAUUCCUCUCAUAUUGUGGACCUUUCAACCAAAUAUUCAGGAACCUCCUGCUAAAAGACAUAUGGGAAAAGGAACUGCAAAGAAGGAGGAUCCCAUUUUCAGAGAACCCGAGUAUAGUGUCCAUGUUAGCAGAUGAGCCAAUGGUGAGCGAAUGGAUUCUUCAGGGUUUACCAGAAGAUGAUUUUUCCAUCCAGAAUGGUUUAAUCAUUACUAAAUCGACCAGAUAUCCUCUCCUUAUUGAUCCGCAGAGUCAAGGGAAGACAUGGAUAAAGAACAAGGAGAAAAUCAAUGAACUCCAGGUGACCUGCCUUAAUCACAAGUAUUUCCGCACUCACUUAGAGGACUGUCUGUCAUUAGGAAGGCCUCUUCUUAUUGAAGAUAUUGGAGAAGACCUGGAUCCAUCCUUGGAUAAUGUUUUAGAAAAAAACUUUAUUAAAUCCGGAAACUCCUUUAAGGUGAAAGUAGGGGAGAAAGAAGUUGAUGUAAUGGACAAGUUCAGGCUCUACAUAACCACCAAGCUGCCAAAUCCUGUCUUCACUCCUGAAAUCAAUGCAAAGGCUGCACUAAUUGACUUCACUGUUACAAUGAAAGGACUGGAGAAGGAGCUGCUGAGCAGAGUCACCCUGGCUGAGAAGCAGGAACUGGAAGCGGACAGAAUUAAGCUGAUGCAAGAGGUUAAUGUGAAUAGACAUAAAAUGAAGGAGCUGGAGGAUAAUUUACUGUAUAGGCUAAGUGCAACCACAGGAUUUCUGGUGGAAGAUAAAUCUCUAUUGGAAGUUCUCAGAAUUACUAAGCAGAUAGUCUGCGAAGUGCGUGAGAAGCUGCAUGUCACCAUUGACGCAGAAGCAAAAAUCAGCAAAGCCCAGGAGCAAUAUCGCCCAGUGGCCACACGGGGCAGUGUCCUCUAUUUCCUGACCAUAGAGAUGAGCUCAGUCAAUAUCAUGUACCAGAUGUCACUCCACCAGUUCCUCAAGCUGUUUGAUAGAUCCUUGUCCAGAUCAGAGAAAAGUCCUCUCAUCCAGAAAAGACUAAGCAACAUCACUGAAUAUUUGACGUAUGAAGUUUUUAGAUAUUACUCAAGAGGUUUGUAUGAGAGGCAUAAAUUCCUGUUUGCUCUGCUCCUGACGCUGAGAGUUGACCUGCAGCAGGGAAAGAUCAAACACAAGGAAUUCCAAGUUCUUCUUCAAGGUGGAGCGGCUCUUGACCUGAAAUCUUGUCCUACAAAGCCUUUCAAAUGGAUUCUUGACAUGACCUGGACGAAUCUUGUAGAACUGAGCAGAUUGCCUCAUUUUUCAGAGAUUAUUACUCAGGUGACCCGCAAUGAAAAGGGUUGGAAGAUUUGGUUUGACCGUGACACCCCUGAGGAGGAAAUCAUUCCUGAAGGCUACAAUAAUUCCCUGGAUAGUUUCCAUAGACUUUUACUUAUAAGGUCUUGGUGUCCGGAUCGCACUCUAUUUCAAGCUCGGAAAUACAUUACUGAUUCCCUACAUGUGAAGUACACAGAACCCGAUGUUCUCAACCUUGCAAGCACUUGGGAAGAAAGCGACACUCGUACUCCACUCAUCGGCCUCCUUUCUGUCGGAUCGGACCCCACAAAUCAAAUUUAUGCACUUGCCAAGAAGCUAAAGCUUACAUGUAGGGCCGUAUCAAUGGGACCUGGACAAGGCUUCCAAGCAUGCAGGCUUCUCCAGAUGUCUAUGCAGCAGGGAGGAUGGGUCCUGCUCCAAAACUGUCACCUGGGCCUGGAAUGUAUGGAGAAAUUGCUAGACACCAUAGAAAGCUCGUCAGCCGUCCAUGAGACGUUCAGGGUGUGGAUGACGACGGAGCCGCACAGACAGGUCCCCGUAACUCUACUGCAGACAUCUGUCAGAUUUACCAAUGAACCUCCCCAGGGUAUGCGGGCCGGACUGAAGAGGACAUUUACCGGGCUCAGUCAGGAUUUACUGGACGGCAACCUCAUGUGGAAACCACUGCUGUACACUGUAGCAUUUCUACACUCUGCUGUGCAGGAAAGGCGCAAAUACGGUCCUAUCGGCUGGAAUAUUCCAUAUGAGUUCUGCUCUGCAGACUUCACGGCAAGCAUUGAGUUCGUGCAGAAUCAUUUGGAUGAAAGUGGCAUCAGGAAAGGUGUAUCAUGCGGCAGUGUCAGAUACAUGAUUGGAGAAGUGCUAUAUGGAGGCCACAUCACCGACGAAUAUGAUAAACGUCUCCUCAACUGCUUUGCAAAGGUCUGGCUCGAUGAGAAGAUAUUUGAUCCAACCUACGGUUUCUAUACCGGAUAUGAGAUCCCUCGGUGUAAGACCGUGGACCAGUAUCUGAAUCACAUCCAGUCUCUGCCAGCGGUUGACUCCCCACAAGUGUUUGGUUUGCACCCUAAUGCUGAUAUCACAUAUCAGAGUAAUGCAGCUGCCAGCAUCCUGGAAGCCAUAGCCAAGAUCCAGCCCCAGGAAAGCCGCAGGGGAGUGGGGGAGAGUCGAGAAGCCAUUGUCUAUCGGAUAGCUGAAGAAAUGUUGGAGAAGCUGCCACCGGAUUAUGGUCCUCAUGAGGCGAGGAGCAGACUGGAGAAGACUGAAGCGCUCAGCCCAAUGAACAUAUUUCUUCAUCAAGAAAUACAUCGCAUGCAAAAGGUCAUCUCGAUAGUAAGGAGCAGCCUGAGUGACCUGAAGCUAGCCAUAGACGGAACCAUUAUUAUGAGCGAGAGCCUUAGAGAUGUCUUAGACGACGUGUACAGUACUCGUGUUCCCAAUGUCUGGAGGAAGGCGUCGUGGGCUUCUGCUACGCUUGGAUUCUGGUUCACUGAGCUGCUGGAGAGGAGCCGUCAGUUCACUUCGUGGAUUUAUGAGGGAAGACCGAACGUCUUUUGGAUGACUGGGUUUUUCAAUCCAAAGGGAUUUCUGACCGCUGUCAGACAAGAAGCUGCCCGGGCACACAGGGGCUGGGCUCUGGACUCUGUGACUGUGCAGAAUGUGGUACUGAAGCACAUGAAGGAAGAAAUCCCUGCUCCACCCUCUGACGGGGUUUACAUACAUGGACUUUUCCUGGAGGGAGCCGGUUGGGACAGAAGGAGCAGCAAACUGGUUGAGUGCACCCCCAAGGUCCUGUUCACCAUGCUUCCGGUGCUGCACAUAUUUGCAGUGAAAUCCCCCAGUGUGACAGAUCCCAGUUUAUACUCAUGUCCAGUGUAUAAAAAGCCUGAACGCAGCGACCACAACUAUGUGACCACAGUGUCCCUGAAGACCUGUCAGCCCAGUGACCACUGGGUACUAAGGGGAGUAGCCAUUCUGUGCGACAACAAGUGAUCCAUCCAUGCGGCCAUAUUGCUUCACAUAUGGUAACA